AGAUAGAUUUUGACCUCUCAUGGUGGUUUUGUACCGCGUCAGUUACGCAGUUGAAUUUUCUACUGCAAACUGCCGAGCAGUUGAAAGUAGCCACUCAAGUGAAGUAUUUGGCCUUCUAAAUUGCUCAGAAAUCUUCGUGUUAAUUUAUUCACACAACCGCCUGUCAUCAUCUUGUUAGUCUAACUGUUGCAACUUUGCUCGGUUAGGUUCAGAUUGGACAAGGUCGCAUCAUCAAAUAUUAGCUCUACUUUGAUAGGCAUCAGACGGAGUUUAUGUUCAUCAGUGUUCAGUUCUAUUGAUUCGUUUACAAGUAGGAGGAGUUACUUAUUAACUGUACAACAGUCCCAUUCAUUGAUCGUCGUAAUACAUCUGAUUAGAAGAAAUAGAUAGGAAUUAUCUCCUAAAGAAAAGGAAUUGAAUUCUCUUGAUCGAUUGGAAUCCCAUAAUGGUACUGGUAGCGGCUGGCUCUCCGCUGGACUGGCAUGACAGUAAGCAGUACCUGGAGUGGGUGAAGAUGGCGGGGUUAGAGCAGUUUGUGCACUUCUACAAGAAGAUGGCCACUGAGAAACACCCCAAGUGGAUGGAGAUACUCCGAUGGGGCGACGAGCUAGAAGGAAUCAUGGUGGAGUUUGACCAUGAAAACAAACGAGUGAAGCUGAUGCUGGAGUCCACUGAAAAAUUGCAACAGAUGAAAGACCUUGGCAAUGGGGCAAUGUUCACUCUGGAGUUUGCAGAGUAUAUGGUGGAGUGUGUGCCUGAUAAGCCCUACAAGGGUAUCAUCAACCACCUUAACACCGUCGAGAGCAACAUGCGCAACAGGCGUACACUGCUCAACUCGAUUUUGAAACCGAACCAGUUCUACUUGUGGUAUCCAACAUUCCCACUCCUAGGCUGUCCGGACAGCACCAUUCCCCAUACGGAGGCCUCCCCGGAGUCCAACAGUGAGAGCUCGAUGUCUGUUUUCAUCAGCGAUCAAGUCAUCUACUCCAGUCAUCCCAGGUUCAGAACUCUGUCUAAGAAUAUCAGAAAAAGGAGAGGCUCCAAAGUUGCCAUCAACAUCCCAGUAUUCAAGGACAAACACACCCCAUCGCCCUUCAACCAACCCAACAUACCAGACUGGGAUGGGGGAGACGCGAGAUCGGCUGCAAUGACAGACCACGUGUACGGGGAUGCGAUGGCGUUUGGAAUGGGCUCGUGUGCUCUUCAAAUCACAUUCCAGGCACAGUCUGAACAGGAGGCUUGUAAACUGUACGAUCAAUUGGCAACGCUGACACCUAUUUUGAUGGCUCUAUCUGCCUCCGCUCCCAUCUUCAACGGAUAUCUAGUGGACGAUGACGUCAGGUGGAACAUCAUCUCACAGUCGGUGGAUGACCGAACUCCUGUCGAGAGAGAAGAGAAACAGACUACCACACAACAGGAUAAAGGUGAAAAUGAGCAUAUGAAGGUUCCGAAGUCACGCUACAGUUCGAUAGACCUCUACAUAUCAGAGAAACACCAGUGCUUCAACGACAUCCCAGUGCCUACCAAUGAGAAAAUCCGACAACACAUGCUCAAAGAAGGCAUUCCGGAAAACAUUGCGAACCACGUAGCCCAUCUGUUCAUUCGGGAUCCCCUGGCUAUCUACAAGGAGAUGGUGACUGGACAAGCGGCUGAGCCACAAAACUACCUCCUCCACACAAACCACUUUGAAAACAUCAACUCGACAAAUUGGCAGUCGAUGAGGUUCAAACUGCCUCCGCCCGAUAGUAACAUCGGAUGGCGUGUGGAGUUCAGGUCAAUUGAUGUGCAAGCUACUGAGUUUGAAAAUGCCGCAUUUGCAGUUUUCAUUGUGCUACUAUCCAGGGUUAUUUUGACAUAUGACCUCAAUCUUCUCAUUCCUAUGUCAAAGCUGGAAGAGAAUUUCAAAAAUGCCUCGAAGCGAAAUGCGGUUUUGGAAGGGAAGUUCUGGUUUGUCAACUCUCUGAAGUGUGAAGAUGGAAAAUGUUGCUACUUCCUGGGUAACGAGAACGCCGUAGGUGCAGAAUUCUUCGAAAAUGGAACGGAAGCCACAGUAAACCACUCAAGCAGUGGCAAUGUUGAAAAUGGAGAGCUACUUAAGAAAUGUUGCUGCGACAAAAUGGACAUCAACACUAUCAUGAAUGGAAAACCGACAGGCGAGUGUGGGUUCAAGGGUCUGAUUCCGAUGCUGCAGGACUACCUGAAUGGCAUGGAGGACAUAGACGUCCUCACCAGGUGUUCCCUCUCCAGCUACUUCUCACUACUCGGCAAACGCGCAUCAGGUGAACUAAAGACAUGGGCCAGCUGGAUGCGACAGUUUGUCCAGUCGCACCCUCUGUACAAACAAGACAGUGUGGUGACCCCGGAGAUGACCUACGACCUCAUGUGGAGAUACAACCAGAUUAUCACUGGCGAAAUUGAAGAUCAAUCUGUCCUGUUCAAGCUUAAAAACUCCUCACAACUUGAAGUGAGCAAGGCACAGCUCAAAGCCCAAGACAGAUUAGACGGAUGCAAUUGUAACGAUGACUAGAUUUGGCGCAAAUAUGAUACUUGGUUGGGUCCCUGGAAUAUGGAUAGGUCCCUGAAAAAACCUGCUUUUCAAGCGGAACCAAUUAUCCUAUUUGCUUUUUAGAUUUUAGAGGCUAACCUAUUUUUGUUUCAAACCUGAAUUGUAGACAUAUAUACAUGGUAUACGGCUCUGUAAAGAUAUUACUUACAUUUACAUGUCAAUAUUCGUUCCCGGAGAAGAAAGUGAAAUAAGAGUUCUAUUCUUUGUAUUUAGAUCUAUCCUAAUCAGGAAGAAUUUUUGCGGCUUUUUCUGAAAUUUGGCGCAUUGAUUUCAGUAUUUUC